AUAGAAAGCUUUGCUCUGGACCGGGCAAAACCCAGUCUUGCCGAUUGCCCCGUAGCGCCGUUUUUGCCUCUAUCGACUCGAUCUGUGGCUAUUUAAGACAUGGAUUACGCCAGUCAAAGGGAUAUGAGCAAGCAGGCCGUGAACAACCCCGAACCCGUGGCUCGCGGACCCAAUGAAGGCGCGGGAGUUGUGAGAAUCGGUGCCCAAAAUGAGGCGCAGAACGCCCCGCCGCAAAGCCCCACCGCGACGGCCGGGCUGCCCCGGUCCCUCUCCAACGACAGCAAGGCGCUUCCCCCCGAGGAAGCCAAACCAAAUGGCUCCGAGAGGACCAAAGUCGGGAUCUGCAAGCUCAGCAGCACCCCGGUGCAAGCCAACUCCACCCUCCGCGGGGAAUCUGUGGAAGCCUUUCCCUGCAAGCACGGCCCCGGGGUAGGCACCGCCGGGCAAGCUGCCGUCCCCCACUGCAAAAUUCCCGCUCUGCAGAGCACGGACGGGGACGCUAAUCUGAGCCUCGGUAAGAGCACGCUGGAGCAAAACAGCACCAAGGGCGCCUGGGUGACCUUGAGCCAGAGCACCGUGGUACUGGGCACGGAUGGCAACACUUCGGUCCUUCCCGGCAGAGUGGAGGGGGAAGACGAUGUGGGGGAUGAAAAUAAAGCCCGAGGGAACUGGUCUAGCAAGCUGGAUUUCAUCCUCUCCAUGGUGGGUUAUGCAGUGGGGCUGGGCAAUGUCUGGAGGUUCCCGUACCUGGCCUUUAAGAAUGGGGGAGGUGCGUUUCUCAUCCCCUAUUUGAUGAUGUUGGCUCUAGCUGGGAUCCCCAUUUUCUUCCUGGAAGUCUCCCUGGGGCAGUUUGCUAGUCAGGGCCCCGUGUCGGUCUGGAAAGCCAUCCCGGCCUUGCAAGGCUGCGGCAUCGCCAUGCUGAUCAUCUCGGUUCUAAUAGCCAUAUAUUACAAUAUUAUCCUGUGCUACACACUUUUCUACCUUUUCGCGUCCUUUGUGCCCGUGCUGCCCUGGGCCUCCUGUAACAACCCGUGGAACACGCCAGACUGUAAAGAUAAAAACAAACUUUUGCUAGAUUCCUGCAUUAUUGGUGACCAUCCAAAAAUACAAAUCAAGAACUCUACUUUCUGUAUGAGUGCCUAUCCAAACUUAACCAUGGUUAACUUCACCAGGGAAGGAAACAAAACAUUUGUCAGUGGAAGUGAAGAAUAUUUCAAGUACUUUGUAUUGAAGAUUUCAGCGGGGAUUGAAUAUCCUGGUGAGAUCAGAUGGCCCUUGGCACUAUCUCUUUUCCUAGCUUGGGUGAUUGUAUAUGCCUCCCUUGCCAAAGGCAUCAAGUCAUCAGGAAAAGUGGUGUAUUUCACAGCUACGUUCCCCUACGUAGUUCUCAUCAUCCUUCUCAUAAGAGGAGUAACUCUCCCUGGAGCUGGAGAUGGAAUCUGGUACUUCAUCACGCCAAAGUGGGAGAAGCUGAUUGAUGCCAUGGUUUGGAAGGAUGCUGCCACUCAGAUUUUCUUCUCCUUAUCUGCAGCAUGGGGAGGUCUGAUUACCCUCUCUUCUUACAACAAAUUCCAUAAUAAUUGCUACAGGGACACAUUGAUAGUCACAUGUACCAACAGUGCCACAAGUAUAUUUGCAGGCUUUGUCAUCUUCUCAGUUAUUGGCUUCAUGGCAAAUGAACUCAAAGUGAAUAUUGAAGCUGUGGCAGACCAAG